AUGACUGGAGUAGUGCCAGAGAUUAAAGAGACGAAUGCGGAGAGCGGUGGAACUGCGAGAUUUCUUUUUUUUGGAAUUGUCACUGUCAUUGUCGCGCUUUUCAUAGCCAGGUUUAUUUCACGUUAUGUUUUUGGAGCCAUUGGCGUCUACUCGCGGCACCGUCACACAUUGUUGUUGAUUGGACUGUGCGGAAGUGGAAAGACGGCUCUUUUUGCACAGCUUGUUGCACAGAAAUGUGUUUCUGCGCGGACGAGCAUGCAGCCUAAUCGUGCAGUCAUGACCCGACGUCAACUCUCGAGUCACAAGGAGAAGGAGGAGGAGGAGUCAUCAUUUUCUGCGCCGUCGAGGUUUUCAAAUGGGGCGAAUGCGUCUCAGGUUGUUGUAGACUUUCCCGGUCACCGUCGUCUGCGUGAUUCGCUUUUGUCCGCAGUUGAGGAGGCAAUGAGCGUUGUCGUGGUGGUGGACGCCGUUACCAUUCAAGAUGAUCGACAAGAAGGGGCUCAGGCGCUCGCGGAGCUCAUCUUUUCCGUCUUUACCUCAUCUGCGUUUUACGGUGUUCAACGUGUGCUGGUGGCAUGCACCAAGCGGGACGAGUUGACGAGUUACUCCGCCAAGGCAGUGCGGAAGCUGCUUGAGGCGGAGAUUACCCGCUUUGUUACGUCGCGUCGGGGUGAUCUGCAGAGUCUUGACAGUAUUCUUAACUCGGCUAGGGUCGUGGUGGGGCACAAAAAGAGUAAAUUUGCUGGUGGCGGUGACAGCGGCAGAAGGGAUGGCAUUGCGCAUCAGCUGUCGCUGGAUGAAUCCGGCAAGUUCACAUUUGACAAUUUUCCGGUUCCUGUACACUUUGCGGAUGUCUCCUCUGUUGUGGAUCCAGGGCGGCACCCAUUCAACGUGGAGCCCGUCUGGGAAUUUGUGGAGGGGCGCAUGUGA